CUUCCAAAGCCAUUGUGCCAAACCAUUCUUCUGACCUGUCCUACCAAGAUACUUGGAAGGCGGCUGUACAUGUUUGGCUGAAACAGUUGCUUACUGACCUCCUCACGCCUAUCAAGCAGGCGAGCACUGGCCGAGCUGCCGAUAAGACACAUCAAAUAAAGCCAGUGUCUUAUACAACUGAUGGUCGAGCCACUCGUCUCUUCGACAUGACUACACCAAUCGAUGUGCGUGCGGAAGCUCCAGAGCGACGCCAAUUCGAUGCCCUCGCCUUUGGUUUGGCUGUCACUCUCACAUUAGAUGAAACGCAUGAGGUGCUUAGACAAGUCCUCGCUUCACUCUCCUCCGCCCCCAAGUUGCUUAAGGUUGCUUCGGCUCUCGUAUACAAACUGACUCAAACUGUACCCGGCUGCACCUCAGCUUUCAAAGGUAUUGCAAUACAAUUAGCAAAAACUUCACAUUGGGACUGCCUUCUGCGCCCAUACCUUGUAAGUCAGCUGGCAACUUUUAUUAAAACAACCCUCCAAAUAUCAAUACAUGCCGAUACCACUAUUUUACUUAUCACUCUUCCAAUCUUAUAA